CCGAGCUAAGCUAACCACCUGCCUUCUCCUGCCCGCAGCCGCAAGCAACUUGGCAGGUAAGCUAUGUCAUAGGCCACACCAAACACAUCACCUGGAGGGGCGGCCAUUAUCUUUCUUUCCGAGAACUCAUCAAGAAAUUAGGUAGACAGGUUACACAGAUCUUGGCCUCCUCUUCCCGAGAAUUCGACGCCGCUUCAUGAUGUCUGUCGAGCUGCUGACGAAAUUCCUCACGGUUCUGUUCGGGUAUGCCAUGCCGGCGUUGGAGUGCUUCAAGGCGGUCGAGCAGCGGACCGGCCGGACCGAUCAGCUCCGGUUUUGGUGCCAGUAUUGGAUCAUACUAGUCAUCCUGGUCAUAUUCGAUGAAAUCGCAGGCGCCCUAAUAUCGAGGAUUCCGAUGUACUAUGAAGUCAAGCUCGCCUUCCUCGUCUACCUCUGGUACCCACAGACAAGGGGGUCUGACAUCGUGUACGAGAACUUCGUGAGGCCGCUGGUGAUGCAGUACGAGCCCAACAUCGAGGAGAGGCUGCGGUACCUGCGGGCCAACGCCGGCGACCUCAUCGUCUUCUACCUCAAGAACUUCACCGACAGGGGAUACGAGCUCUUCCUCCGGGUCCUUGACUUCGCUCAGUCGCAGGCGUCCAGUGGCUCAAGGACAAGGAGGUUCUUCUCGUUCCGAAGGGACCGAGGGGAGAGGCCGAGCUUCGUCGACGACGACUACGUCCACGGCAGCGAUCGGAGGAGCGCAGCCAGGCAGCGGCGACCCCGCGGUGCUGAUUACUAGCGGACUAGCUAGGAUGGUCGUGGUAGGAUAAGACUGCAAAGAAACCUGAAUGGUUGUAGGACAAAAAUCGAAGCGUUAAAAAGGUUGACAUGAACAAAGCUACUCCUAUUUGAUUGUGGAUAUUUAGGUGGUAUAGGUUUCCAUGUAAGUCGAUGUUCAGGCUGAUUAUCACAAAUAGUUUGGUAAA